AUGUCGUGUGAAAUAGUAAAAUGCAAUAGUUGUAAAAUAGUAAUUAAUGAAUUACUUGCUUUCGUGCAAAACAAGUGUGAUGUCAUGGAUGUGGAAGGAAUUGUCAGGCUCUGUGUUUUAUCUUUUACACAGACGGAAAUUGAAGUGGCAAAGAAGCUACUCAUCCAAUCUCUCUCGCCUAGCAAAAAAAGGGUGUUAUGCAAAAAGGGAACUAAAGCUGAACGUGAUUUACGAGAUAUUGUUGCGUUUUUAAAGGUAUGUGAACCCGAAUCCAUACCCAUAUUCGUAGCAAAAGACUUACAAAAAUUGCCACCGAUUACUUUUGAUCACAUUGACGUCACUCGGGUCCUCAAAGACUUGAUCGUCAUACAAAACGAAGUGAAAAAAAUUAGUUCGACCUACCUUACUAAGGACGAAUUUUACAAAAAUUACAACAUGCAAGGUAGUCCUGAUAGAACCGUUAAUUUUAAACGCGGAGGGCACAUUCGUACAACCGAAUCAGCUGAUAUCUCAGCGCAUGCGCAUCGGUCACCGCCCGCUUGUCGUCUAUCUCAUUCUAUCUCGGGGAGUGAGCGCGAGGAGGCGAUCUCGCUCCCGCUUGCGGCAACGUCGGCAAUCACCGGUACCGGUUCGGAGGCCCCUACCGCGGUUUCUCCGAGCCUUUGUUGUGUGACUCGUGCGUCGGAGUCGAGGCAAUUAUGCGCUAACAUAACGGGUAAUAACGAUAAGGAAAGUAAUGUUGAAUGGCAAACAGUGCAAAGAAAAAAGGGACGCAAAUAUAAAUAUAUUGGUCAAAGAGGGGAAGCGGUAAUUGAUGCCGAUAGUAAAUUCAAGCCUGCAGAAUUGUACGUACUUUUAUUCAUCAAUAGGGUCAAUAAGUGUACGUCAGAAAAGGACAUUCACGAUUAUCUCGUGAAUAAGACGCGCGCUGAGGUGAAAGUUCAGAAAAUAACAUCGAAACAAGACAAAAGCUACGAUGCCUACAAGGUAUCUGUCCCAAGGCUUAAACUGAAUAUUUUCUUAGACGGAAGCCUAUGGCCUGAAGGUGUUACGUAUCGUCGUUUUGUUAACUAUGGACCUGGAUCCCAGAAAGGGGAAACCUGGCUUCUGCCGCACGAUUUGCAGUACUUAAACAAGAUUGACGAAGACUUUGGUUGCACUGGGACUUCCGCAGUAGACACCUCUGCCGGUAUUCUUAGAGGGAGGCCAUACGGCGGUGUUGCACUACUUUGGCGAAAAAAUGCCUUUGGUUCUGUGACAGUGUUACAUUGUGCGAGUGUGCGGCUGGCGGCAAUUCGAGUGAUUACGGGUGAUACUAGUUUCCUCGUAUUUUCGGUCUAUAUGCCUGUAGAUUGUGGUGAAAAUCUGCCUGAAUUUACGGAGUGUCUGGCCGAAAUAAAUGCUAUUGUUGAGAGCUCUAACGUCGCGAGUGGUUUUAUUUUAGGGGACUUUAAUGCCCACCCUGAUGCUCACUUUGGCAAGGAGCUGUCGCACUUCUGUAGUGAGCAACGGUGGCGCUGUGCGGACAUGGAGUUCUUAGGCAUUGCGUCCGAUAAUUUUACUUUUAUAAGCGACGCUAAUGGAAGUCACCGAUGGCUCGACCACUGCAUCGUUACGGAGGCGGCCUACAAUGCGAUUUCAAGUGUUAACAUACUCUACGACUCCUCGUGGGAAGAACGAAUCAGGAGCAAUCCAACAUAUUGGUCCAGUUUGUUCCCCGAGGUGCUGGCUUGCACCCCAGGUACUAAGCCCCACCGCCACGACAAGGCCGGACCCCGCGGGAAAGUACAUCCGCGGGUGGUGGGGUAA